GUGAGCAAUUCAUGCAUCUUAACAUCUGCAUGUCGAUAGUGUAAAUUUUUGUGUAAUUUAAUUUUAAAAAUUUGGUGAAUAGAUUCGCUAUUUUAAAAGUAUUUUUAAAUUAUAUAGUUUUAAUUAGUCUAUAAUUGUUUGAAAUUAAAACACAAAAGCUUCCUAAUUCUUAUUCAAACAGCGAAUUUAAUACUAAAUUUUCCAUAUAUAUAUUUCUGUGACUAAGAAGCCAUCUUGAAUGAGAAAUAGCGCAACGUCGCAAAUGUCCACGGCGUCUUAAGCCAAGAUGUCGUAAAAUUCUGAUAGAAGCGUACUGUGAAUUGUCAAUAUUUGUAAAGUUUAUUAACGCUCAUCGGAUUUUAAUCUCAGUAGUUGAACUUGAAGAUAUGAAGUGAAUGUAAAUUCAUUUCAAAGUUUCAAAAUGUCAAGUGAUGGCGAGAGGAUUCAAAAAACAUCCAAAUCCCGUAGAUUGAUUAUAUGUGAUAGUGAUAGCAGCGAGGACUCAAUAAUUAUUCGAAAUCAUCGCAAAAGGAAGACUCACCAACGAGUUGUCAGUGAUGGAGAAGGCAGUGAUGAAGAUAGUGAUGUGCAAAAACCAGUAAGCAACAAAAGAAAAAUCCACCGAUUAGUUAGCGAAAGUGAAACCAGUUGUGGAAGUAGUGACACUGAAAUUACUGGUCCUAAUUUCAACGAUAGUGAUACCGGUUCAGAAUGGCAAUCUGACUGGGACAGUAUAAACGAAUCAGAUAAUGAUGUACCAUCGUCAAAUGCAAAGGACGAGAAAAAGAUGAAGAAAAUUAAUGAUGGUGAAAAUGAAUCAACAUCCGGCGCUGGAUUUGAAUCUGACAAUAGCGAUGGACAAUCUGAGAAAUGUCCAAUUUGUUUACUGCCAUUUAGAAAACAAGAAAUUGCAACUCCAUCAUCGUGCGAACAUUGCUUCUGUCUUGAAUGCAUUUUAGAAUGGAGUAAAAAUAUCAAUACUUGUCCAGUGGAUCGACAAACAUUCACCGUUAUUAAUGUCAAAUCACACACUGGAAAGAUUUUGAGGCACAUUCCUAUUGAAGUGAAACAACCACUUGAGGAUACAAUUCAAGAAGAUCCAACUUUCUGUGAAAUUUGUGGCGAUUGUGAUCGAGAAGAUCGGAUGUUGUUGUGCGAUGGCUGUGAUUUAGGAUAUCACAUGGAGUGUCUACAACCUCAAUUGUUCCAAGUUCCCUUAGACGAAUGGUUCUGUUCAGACUGCUCACAAAAUAUGCAAAAUGAUGCUGAAGCUAUAUCUCGACAUGACUUACGUAAUUUCAUGCGUUUUUCGGCAAUAGAGAGUGUAGUUGGGCCUAGAGUUCAUGAAAACAUGAUUGACAUUGAUCUCGAUGAGGUUCCGGAUUUAAUAGAAGAAGCUCGUCGUCUCGGUCUUUCGUACGGUCGUACACGUGGUCGACAUCAAAUUCAGAACACGUUUAGUCCGCGUAUUAUUCCGCGUACACGUCAAACUGAACGUGUUCGUGCAAAUAUUCGCGCGGGUCGUCGUAAUUUAUCACGUGAAACACGGGCACGCGAACGUCGACGUCUCUUUGAUCCGGAUCAACCAUCGACGUCGUCCGGAAUUGAAUCGAUUGGCGAAAAUAGUCGUAGUCGUUCACCCGAUAUUAACGCGCCAUCCACAUCAAGUGGACGUACAAAAACAACACGUCGUGCAACAACAAAAAAAAGUAAAACAAGUAAGAGCAAAACUAAAAAACGAAAUAAUACAAUAUUACGUGAAGUGCGAAUUACCGAAAUAAACGAUGAAGGUGAGGAAGAGGAAUUUGUUACUUAUGUGAAAGUCAAGGAAACCACAACAUCAACAAGCAGAAAAAGAAAAACCAAGAAACGCAAGGGAAGACGGAGAAGGAAAAAUAAACGUCGGGCACGAACAGUGUUAUCGGUAGUUAACGCGAAAAGACAAAAUAAAGGAAUGCCUCUUUUAAAGGCAAAAAUAAAUAGAAACGCUUCUGAAGUAAAUGAAACUGGCUCCAUGAUUUCAUCAGAAAGAUACAGAGCUGGCAUACCACAAUUAAACAUUUUUGGAAGUGGGCUCACCUUAGACUCUCUCCUUAGUCCUGGGUCCGAAGAUGAAAACGAUAGCACAUUUGGUCAGGGUCCAGCAAUUGUCGCACGACCACGAAGGAAUAUUUCAACAAUCAGACGACGAAUGGCACUCAAAGGAAUUAUCAAUCCAACAGUCAACAUGGAAGAUACUGGAAGUUCAAAUUUACUCGACAGUAUUCUCAAAAGUCAAGAAAUUUGGCAUAAUCAAAAAAGUCAAAUCUCUGUUAAAAACGAUGGCUCAUUACGAGUUCUCAAUAAUGAAGGGGAAAAUAGUUGCAGUAUCAAUAACAAUGAUAGUCCGAUUAAGAAGAAAGAAUCAAAUACACCUGAUAAAUUACCCGGUAAAGAUCAGCCUUUGGAUUUGUCGAAUGUAAAUUCAAAUGAUAUAACACAAGCACCAAUGUAUAAUAGUCCACGUGGUGGUGGAAAUCGAGGAAAUUUCCGUGGUGGAUACAGGGAAAAUAAUCGUCAAAGUCAUGGUGGUCAGGGUUACAGUGGACGUGAUUCUUAUUCAGGUGGUGGAAGACGUAGUUACGGAGGUGGUGGCGGCGGUGGUGGCAUGAGAGAUGACUUUAAUAAUCGUGGUGGUCCAACAGAAAAUUUUAACACAAAUUUCCAAGUUCGUCCACCAGGACAUUUUGGUACUCCACCAUUUCGCAAUCGUAAUCCUCAACAUUUUCGCAACGAGAGAAAUCGUUAUUCAAUGCCAGAAAGAUUACCAUUUAAUGAAGGUGGCAAUGAGAGACCACCAUUUCCAUUUUCUGACAAUUUCACAAGAGGACCACCACCUUUAAUUCGUCCCUUAAUUCCACCUGGUCCCCCUGCUCAAUUGAGAAUGCCAAUUCCACCAAAUAAUGUACCACCUCCACCUGUUAGCGAGGAAGAAUUUACCGAAACACCAAGCCAACAAACGGACAUACCUUUUGAACCAAUAUUGCCUUCGGAAUCAGCUGAAUCACAACCGAAUAAAACAAACGAUGAAGAAUUAGAUAUUUAUAGUGAUAUGGUUGGACCAAGCAAAAACGUGGAAAGCGAAAGUCAAUCACACGACAGUCCCAAUAAUCCAAAUACUCUUCUUCCACCUCCAGAACCACCAUCCGGUUUAUUGGAUUUCGAUGAGAAUUCUAAAAGUGAAAAAGACAAUGACAGUGAUCAGGAAUUGAUUAUCGAUGACACGCCAAAAGAUGAUGCUCCAAAGAACGAGAAAACUGACGAUAAAUACGAUCCAUUUAAUGACGAGGAAAGUGACAGUAAUGAUAGUAAUAAACGUACGAGUAACAUUGACAUUGAUAAAAUUCCCUCUCCCAAAGAUCCACCACCCUUAGAACCACCACCGUCACUCGAAAGUUUUGCUGGCUUAAAUAUUCUCAAUGUCGACGAUGAUUUCACUGCACCACCAAUAAAAUCGGCAAUUCGAUUAACAGCCUAUGAUGACGAUGAAGAGGACGAUGAUUCACAAGCAGAUUGUCCAAACUUUUCGAUUUAUUCAUCAGAAACAAUGGACGUUGCCCGUCACACCGAACAAGAAUUAUCAUCACAAAUUGGUCCCCUUGAACCCCCACCAUUACCACCAGAAAUGCCUGAUUUACCCGAAGAUGAAGAUAUUAUUCUUGGCGAUGUUCAAACUUGUGAUUUAGCCGACAUUCCCGAACCACCAACACCCUACAUUGAAGCACUACGCAAAGAGAGGCAAACAAUAAGUAAAAUUCCACCAAAGAAAAUAUCAUCAAAUGAUUCAAGAGGAAAAAUCACAUUCAAAAUAAAUACAUUGAAAUUAAAUAAUAAAUUUGGUAAUUUAUAUGACGAGAUGGAUAAGGAAAUGGAAAGUUCCAUUGAACAGGAGAAAGAUGAUUCGAAUUGUAAGGAGAAAAAGAAGAAAACAAAACAAAAGGAUUCUGAUAAUAAUAUGGAAAUUGAUUCUGAUAAUUCGGAAACAAAAGAUCUUGACAAUAAAGUAGAUGCAAUCGAUGAGUCAGAACUUCCAACACAAAAAAUUCACAUUGAUGAUACAGAAUCAGAAGAAUGUGAUUCACAACUACCGACACAAAAAUUCUCUGAAUCACCCGCUGAAGAUAUUUCAGAGCUUCAAACACAAAAGCACGAUAUUUCCGAAUUGGAAACACAAAAAAUUGAAGAUAUAUCCGAAUUACAAACACAAACAUUGGAUUCAACGAAAGAAGAUAUCAGUGAUUGUCCAACACAACUUUUAAAUGAAGAAAUCGAUUUAUCAGAAUUGCCAACGCAAAUUAUUGAUAAUUCAGAUAAUCAAACGGAUAUACAACCCGAUGAAUCGGAGCUUUCAACACAAAAAAUUGAUUCAGAAGAAAGUUACAGUCCAAAAGGUAGUGGAAUGAUGACACUUUAUAGUCCCGAUGUUGCAGUACCAGUAGUUUAUAGUCCAAAAGAAGACAAUGAAUCUGAUAGAAGAACCCCUGAGUUAAAGGAUCGAAAACAAGUGGAAAGUGAUAGUGAUGAAGGAAGAACUCCCGAGAGAAAGGAAAUUGAUGAUAACGAGAAAUUAGGAAAAAAAGAUGAUAAUGAUGAUAAAAUGGAUAUUGCUCGAAGUCCCGAUACUGUUAUUUCAAUUGCCGAUACAAUACAAUCAUCGCAAAAUGAUGAUUGUGAAAUUGUUGAACCAAGACCUGAUAAUUUAUUAACCAACGAGGAAGAUCAAGAGAAAGAUGAAACAGAAUUACCAGAUAAAUUGCCAACCGAUUGUGAUGAUUUUCCACUUGAGAAAGAAGGUGCCUCUGAAAGAGAUGCUCCAGAGCAAGAAAUGUGGGAUUCCGAUGGUGGAUAUACACCAUGCAAAGAUGAAUUACCCUUAAAGGAAAAACGACAAAAAUCCGUAUCACCAUUCGAUGAAAGUGGUCUUGAGCCAAUAACACCGACAAGAGAUAAAAACGAUGAUCUUGAUCGUUGUCGAACACCACCAGCUUACGCUGGACUUGGAACUGAAGCAAUUUCCGAAACCGAUGAGGCAAUGAAUUUUGAAGAUGAAUUAACAUUGCUGUCAUUGAGAAAGGAGAAGGAAAUGGAAGAAGGUGAAAUACCCGAUGAAGGAAGACUCGCACGAAAAGAUCGUGCCAAGGAAAACAAAGGUGAUGAUGAUGAUGACGAUGCCAAGAGGAAAAAGAAAAAGGAUAAAAAAGAGAGAAGCAAAGAGACAGAGAAGAAUAAAGAAAAUAUAUCAUCAGAAAAUUUCUCUUGGAAAAAAAUGACUAAGAAUACAAAGGAUCGAAAUUAUCGUGAGAAGGAUCGACGAUCACGAUCCAGAGAGAAGGAUAAAGACAAAGAUAAAAAGAAGAAAAAGGAAACUGUUAAGAAAAAAGAGAAACGCAAAGAAUUACCAAGAUAUGACGUGAGAAAAAUUGUUUCCGAAAAACCACGUUCUAGAAAAGAUGAAUAUGGAAGAGAUAUUCGUGAAUUGUCUCACAGUUUAACAAGAAGCAAAUCAAGAAGUCGAAGUCAUUCACGAGCUCGUAGAAGUCUCUCAAAAGUACGUAGAAGUCGAUCCUAUUCACGACUUCGUUCCAAAUCAAGAUCACGAUCCAAACGUCGAUCAUGGACAAGAGAUCGAGAUCUUGGAAGAAUUUCCCGAGGAAGAUCCUAUUCAAGAGGAAGAUCUCUAUCACCAAGAAGACGCAAAUCACCAAGAAGAGGUUCCAUAUCGAGAAAACGAAAAUCAAGAUCCCUAUCAAGAAGAAGAAGAUCCUUAACACCUCGUCCUCGUGAUCGUCGUAAGAGAUCACCAUCCCGAAAACGUAGAUCCCGCACAAGAUCAAAGUCCCGUGAUAGAAGAAAAGAUAAAAAGAAACACAAGUCACGAAGUCGUUCCCGAUUACGCAAGAGAUCAAGAACAAGAAGCGGAAAAAGAAAUUCAAAAUCCCGUGACAAGAAACACAUGAACAGAAAACCAAUAAGUAGAACCAGAUCAAGAUCACCCGCAAGAUCAUUAUCACCCCAGCAGAGGGAUCGCAAUCGUAAUUGGGAAAUGAGCGAAAAAUUGAUAAAUCGCGAACAACAUUUCCGACAACGUGAAGAUCGUGAAUCAUGGAGUGCCCAAUGGACUCCAUCAUUGUCAGCCUCAAGAUCAAAAACUCCCGAGCGUGUCAAUGAUCUAGCAGGACGUGGAUGGACACCGCCACAUGGUCUCGAAAACGUGACAGUACCACCAAAGAAUUUGACCGUUAUUCUCACCAAUAAGGAAGCAAUCAAGAAAAAGAAGAAAGAAAAAAAGAAAGAACGUCGAAAGCCCAAGGAUGUUGAAAAACGAAAAAAAGGAAAACGAAUGAGAACCCCACCACCAUUAAAAGAAGUAUUUGCCAGCGGUGAUAAUAUUCUCGUCAGUGUAUGUUUCAAUAAAGACAAUGAGGGUAAUCAAAUACAAACCGAGGAAUUACCAAUGGAAACAAUACCACUGAUGCCACCAACAAAACGUCGACGUCGUGAACCAUUACAAAUUGAACCGGCAAAGAAAACAAAAAAAGAUAAAGUCAAAGAAAAACGUGCAAAAUCCCCCAAGGCAAAGAAAGACAAAAAGAAAAAAUCAAAAGCCGCCGAAAUUGCCGCUACAAAAAAACCAGUUGCCGUUAUUGAUUUAGAUCAAUCACCAUUCAGAGAACAAACACCAUCACCUCGAGAUGUAAUUGUUUUAAGUGACGAUGACGAAAAACAAGCUCAAGCUCUAAUAGCAAUGGAACCACAUCAGUCUUCUCAAACAACACCCUCACGUGAUCAAUUUGUAUCACAAGGGCCGAAAACACCUCCCGAGCCUCAAGUGAAAUUCUCCAUUAAUAAACAGGCAAAUAACUUGAGGCCAUCAAUGAUGAAUCCUCUAAUGGAAGAAGAAGAAGAAGAAGAGGAAGAGGAAGAAGAAGAGGAGGAGGAAGAGAUUGACGAGCGAGUUGAUGAGGAAUUAGAAUUAAGAGCUCAGGAAGAAUUGGAAUUACGAUUGAAAAUCGGUCCCAAUACACCACCUGAACCUCCAUCAUCACCACCGACAUCUCCGGACGCUUAUGAUCCAUUUGAUCCAACUAAAUCACGAUCACCAACACCUGUUCAAAGUCAAGAGGCAACACCUCUCAAUGAUGAACGUAAUCAACGCACUUCACCAAGGAAGCAUGAUUCCAAUGAUACUCCAUUGACAUCAAGUGAAAAUCAAGAUCAAGAAAAACAGGUGUCUGAUAAACAGGCGGAAAAACCAAAAAUCAUUUCAAUGGUCACGAUUAAGAGAGCAUCGUCACCAAAGAGAGAUACAUCGCCGGCAAAUGAUAGUCAAACUGAUAAUGUCAGUGUAAGUGAGAGUAGUCCAACGAAAAAUCAACAGAAUUUACAAAAUGCUCAAUCAACUGUUACUACUUUCCCAACAAUUAAUCCAGUUCUUGCAACAGUUGCUGCUGCUGUGCAGCGAAGCAAUAUAUUUAAUACAAAUGCUCCUGCAACGACACAAAGGAAUCUUGCUCAGACAAAUCGCAUUUCGCCAAGUAAUCAAAUAAAACAACGACCCCUUGAAAGACCACAAUUACCAAAUUUGUUUACUAAUUCAAUAAAGACAACAGCUCUUCGUGCAUCAAAGCCAACAAAUAAAACUAAUGCAUUGGGACAAAAUGGCAAUGAUACGGAAAUGGUUAAUGAUGUUAUUGAUAUGUCAUCGCCAUAUUCACCUGGUUCUAGUAUCAGCGACGGAAUGUUUGAUCCCCCUAGUCCUUAUAAUACUCCUCCACCAGAAAAAUCCAAAUCCAAAUCAAAUAAGGAUCCUAAAAAAGAUGCCUUUGAUAUUUUAUUUGGAGCGUCGCCAGUUAAUGCACGAAAUGCACCAAAAGUCAAAGUCAAGAAGGAUAAGAGAAAAAAAAGUGUGUACCCAGUCACGCUUGGUACCAAUCCCAAAGUUGGCGUUCGCAUGGAUGAAAAUCAAUUGCAAAUUUUGGAUGAUCUACCAAGUUCUGCAGUGGAAAUGCAAGUCAAGGACAAGUUCUUGAAGAAGCUCAAUCGACAGGAAAGAGUUGUAGAGGAAGUGAAACUGGUAUUGAAACCACAUUAUACUAAAAAGCAUGUCACGAAAGAAGAAUACAAGGAUAUUAUGCGAAAAGCUGUGCCGAAGAUAUGUCACAACAGAUCUGGUGAAAUUAAUCCAAAAAAGAUUGCCGCACUUAUUGAAGCUUACGUGAAAAAAUGUCGUGGUAAUAAAAAACGAUCAACUUUAACAACGACUUCUAAGGUGACAAAAACGAUAAAAAAUUUAUGGAGUUGAUCACAGAUAGAAAGUUUUAGAAGAAUAAAUCUCCUGGAUUCGAUAGGAGGGUUAUUAGAUCGCGCGUGAAAGUUUGGAAUUUGGUAAGUGUUUUUUGUGAAAAUAAUAAUAAUAAUAAUAGUAAUACAAAAAAAAAGAAAAACAAAAAAUUACCAACAAGUUAAUCUUCACAACGGCAAUCGAACAAUGUGUAUUGUAUGUACAUAAUUAACUAGUUGAAAUUAAGCGCAAUAUUUUUAUUUAUCUAAGUAUACUACUUAAAAGAUCCAAUACACUUAACUUUAUUGUUAAUUUUAACUAUAGAUAAUUAGACUAUUAUUUAAUAAUCAAUAUAAAUAAACUUUUAAAAGUGUAUUAAACAUUUUUGAAUGUACUGUUAAAAGCACAUUCGUAUUAACUAUUGUACGUAAAAUGAAUUGUAAAGCAACUUUUACAUUGUACUCUGAAAAAAUAAUUCUAUACAAUGGCGUUUCAAUAGAAUCAUAUGUACUUCAUUAAAGUGAUUGCAUUAAAUCUA